CAUUUGAACAGUAGUCUUGAAAGAAAACAGUGUGAGGAGAGACUACAGAUCUUCAGUCCCGUUUUUGACCCAGAAAAGUAUUAUGUGUUUUAGGAUAUUUGCUCUCUCUUGUAGUGUAUCCAGACAAAUGUUUUAAAACUGACAAAGUACUUUUAACAAAUUAAGACUGGUAGGUGGGCAGCAGUCUGAACAAAAAAAACCCCAAACCACCAGGCACUAAAGGAACCACAAUAACGUGCUGCCGCAAAACAAACAAAGGCCAAAGGUCAGUGUCAUCAGUCUGCUCUGUAAAACUGAAAACCUAUUUGCGAAGACCGAGCUGCUAAUAAGACAGCUUAUGUCCGUGACGUUAAAGUCACAUGAUCAGGUCCUGGAAUCAUUUAUGAUUUAUUGCUGCCCCCUGGUGUCUUAAGUGCUGCUACUACGGUGCGCUGCAGUUGAGUCUACACCUGCUGGAAAAAAACAUAACUUUGCAAAUAACGUUUCGGUGCACCAUCAGCCUUAGAUAAGCUGACGUUCUUUGUUCCUACAUUCGAUGUAAGCAAGAAAGACACUAGUUUACCCUCACGAAUGGCAGCUAAACAGCUUAUCUCCCAAAGUAAACUCUACUUACUUCGUGCACUUAAACAUGCUAUAACAACGUUCACUGAUCCAUAUAUGUAUAAGGAAAUUAAUAUGUAUACACUGCACUUUUAGGUGGGGGGCGCAACUUUGCAGAGGAUAAAACGUAAAAUAUACGUAGAAUAUUAAAAUUUAAAUAAAAGUUAGUACUCUAAACAAACAAGAACAGAUAUACCAGAUGAAGGUAAGGGGGAAUUAAAGAAAAAGAAAAACGUAUCUUAUUAUGAAAUGUCCGGAAGUAGUGAACGAUCAGUGCGGAUGCCGAAACGGUUGGCAGCCAUCUUGUUCCGUCUAGGCCGUUUAACUGCUUUACCUAGAAGAUGCUGCAGGUGUCACUUAAAGCUCAUGAGUGCCACGGAAUGCAGUCAUUUAGGUAAAGAAUCGAUCGAAACAAACAAAUAAAUGGAACAAUAAACUAGAAGAGCAGCGAACAGCACGUGAAAGUAUGGACAGAGUGGAGCACUUUUUCUGGAGAACUGCCCUAACCUAAACACAGUAGGUCAGUCUCUGCUCCCUGCAGCUAAUUAUUACCAGAUAAUUGCAAAUGUAAACAUGACGUUACUGCCAACGCAAACGCAACGCACCACGGGAGUCCGCGGCACAUAAGGAGCGUAUGUCUCAGAAGUCACGAUGAGGCGACGCAUGGCAUGGACAGUCACAGCAAACCAGCCUUGGAAAUGAGGUAAAGCUGCCAACCACAGACCGGUUCAGUAGGAGGGUACAAAAACCACCAAACCCUGACAACAUACAGUAUGUCUUAGGACGAUAGUGGAUAACGCAGCACCUUUGUACUCAGAUGCCUCUGACAAGUAAAGGAUAAGUGGCUCAACAAAGUUCCUGUGUCCUUUCUGCAGAUGACGGCCUGCAGGUUCACCAGUGAUCUGUCCUGGAAAAUCUAUUUGGAGCAGAAGGAACUAGAGUGCUCCCAUAUCAAGCAAGGAAGUGUGCAUCAAGCUAGAGGAGGCUAAUGUCAUGGCUGUCAACAUGAAGAGUGAAGAAGACGACCUUAAGCUGUUGACGAUUAAGGAAGAGGUUAUGACUGAGCAGCACCAGUGGAGGAAGAGCGCGAUCAAGGAGGAGACUGGGCCCCCCAUCCUUAAAGAGGAGGAGGAAGUGUGCGUCAAACAUGAGGAGAAUAAUAUCAGUAUUGUUACUGUGAAGAUGGAAGAAGAUGAACAGAAACCUGAUUUCUUAGGUUUUCAUUACCAAACAGAGAACAGAGUAGACGUUGACAAAUCAGAUUCAGCCUGGAAGACAGUUCCAGAUGGACAUUUAGGACUUGGUCCUCAGGAUGAGGCAGAACAGUUGUCUGAAACUGAAGACAGUGAAGAUGAUUGGAACAUAACCAAUGAACCGCUGAAUUCAAAGAUGGGCACAAAUGAAACAGUCUUCAGUGGUAUGACAGGUAACACUGGUGUGGAACCGAGUUGUUCUGUAUUUCAGGCGGAAAUUAAUGACAACCUUCUUCUGCUGAGACAGGAGGAUACUCAUUCAGGAGAGAAACCAUUUGGUUGUUCUCAGUGUGGGAAAAGAUUUACUCAAAAGAGUAGUCUGAAGGUGCACGAGAGAAUCCAUACUGGAGAGAAACCUUUCAGUUGCUCUGACUGUGGGAAAAGAUUCACGGAAAAGGCCAAGAUGAAAAUCCAUAAGAGAAUUCAUACAGGAGAGAAACCAUAUAGUUGCUCUGAUUGUGGAAAAAGUUUUACGCAAAAUAGCAGUUUGCAGAUUCACAAGAAACGACACACGGGAGAUAAACUCUUUAACUGCCCUGUCUGUGGUAAAAUGUUUACUGUAAAGGGUAAGUUAAAGAUACACAUGCGAAUUCAUACUGGGGACAAGCCAUUUAGCUGCUUAGAGUGUGGCAAAAGUUUUGCUGAAAAUGCCAAACUAAAGCUGCACAGGAGAACUCAUACUGGAGAGAAACCCUAUGGUUGCUCUGAGUGUAACAAAAGAUUCAAUCAGAAAGGGGAUCUUAGGAAACACCUUCAGAUUCACACGGGAGAGAAACCAAUUUCCUGCUCAGUUUGUGGAAAAGGAUUUAUAAAACAUGGCGAUCUGAGAAAACAUGAAAGGAUUCACACAGGAGAGAAACCCUUCAGUUGCUCCGAGUGUGGGAAAAGGCUCUCACAAAAAAGCAGCUUGAAGAUACAUCAAAGACGUCACACAGGAGAGAAACCUUAUAGUUGCUCUGAGUGUGGUAAAGCUUUUAUUGUGAAGAGCAAGCUGAAGGAACAUGAAAGGAUUCACACCGGGGAGAAACCCUUCAGUUGUUCUGAAUGUGGAAAAUGGUUUAGACGAAAAGAUGAAAUGUUGAUUCACCUGAGAACACAUACUGGAGAGAAACCAUUCAGUUGCUCUGUCUGUGGCAUUUGCUUUGCUGAGAAGAGUGGUCUGAAGGUACAUGAGAUGAAUCACAGAGGAGAGAAACCAUUCAGUUGCUCUCAAUGUGGUAAAGGAUUUACUCUAAAGUCCAGUUUGCGCAGACAUGAAAAAAUUCAUUCAGGUGUAAAACAAAUUACUUUUAGUGAUGUUGGGGAAACACCUCAUUUGGAGGAUGAAAAAGUGACACAUGAAGGAAGUCAGUCAUGUUGUUAACUUUAAAAUGUAGGAAGAAAGGUUUGGUCCUGGGUAUCAAACAGCUUUUGACUAAAACAAAGUUAAUUUAACACUGACACCUUUAGGAAGUUCUAGAGUGACUUUACUGUUAAAUGCCUGAGAACUUUAUUGAUGUGAAGUAGAUGUUAAUUAUUCUGGUUCUUGUUACUCAGUGAUUACGUCGCAUGUUGUGAUAAACUUUGUUUAUUGUUAUGUCCAGACAGAAUUCAUUGAUUUUCAAUGUUAAGACUUUUUAAAGAAUUUUUCUUGAAGAAAAACGUUUAUCAUUUACUCUUUUUGCAUAAGUAACCAUGUUUGUUUUGUUUAAUAAACUUUAAUAUAAAAUAUUUAAGAAUUUUAUGCUUACUUUAAAUGUCUACUACUAAAUCAUAUUUAAUUUCUGCUUUAUUUUCCAUUUUAUGGAAUGUUUAUU